AAUCAUAUGCAUUUUUCAUCUUUGAAAAAUUCCUUUAGAAUAAAUAUUGCCAGUGAAGAUUUAUUUCGUGACUUAAUUAUUCCUUCUAAUAUUUUCAAUGCUGUUAGCGGCUUUCAGAAAAAUGGAUUUUUUAAUUUCACCAAAUUUUCUUCAUUUAUCCUUGUUUUUAGUGGCUACUUUGACAUUCUUUUGCUCAAGUUGUGUAUCGUUAGAAAAUGAAAAUACUGCUACAUUCAAAAUUGAAGGAAAAGUUAAUAUUCCUUUCACUACGGGUCAGGAAUGGCUAACUCAUACCAGAAUUUUGCUUGACGGUGGUGAAAAAAUGAUUGGUUUUUUGAAGAGUGAUGGUACUUUUGUUGUGAAUAAUCUAGCACCAGGUUCUUACCUGGUCCAAGUAGAGAAUCCUGACUACGCCUUUGAACCCUGCAGGGUUGAUAUCACUUCUAAGGGAAAAAUAAGAGCACGAAAAAUGAACAAUGUGCAAACUUCAGCCGUCCAGUCGCUGCCGUAUCCACUAAGAUUCAAAGCAAGGGCGCAAGCUCCUUAUUUCCAACAGAGGGAACAGUGGAGAAUCACAGACAUGCUAAUGAACCCUAUGGUGUUAAUGAUGGUGCUACCAGUCUUACUAUUAAUGGUUCUGCCCAAAAUGAUGAAUGCAGCAGACCCAGAAACCCAAAAGGAGAUGCAGAACUCCAUGAGCAUGUUCAGUGGGGCAAACCAGAAAUCAGCAGCAGAUAGCUUCGAUCUCUCCAAGAGUCUCACUGGAUUGUUUGGCACCACUUCUCCAACUUCUAAGAAAAGGAAAAAUAAGUAAAAAUAGCGAGAGAUGGAUUUAAGUUUAACAUUUGGAUUAAUCACAGUGAAUUAUGGAUGUAUUUAAUCUAUAUGGAAGUUAAUUACCUCCAUUUCUGGAUAUAUGAAUUAUUUCAACACAUUCAAAGUCAGAUGGACUCAACCUAAAUAUUGACUGAGUAUAUAUGAUACUUCAUGAUGUUUCCUCAACAUACCUUUACUAUUUCUGAUUUGUUAUUACUCAUUCCUUUGCCCACCAGGAAUAGACAAUUGGGAGACACCCAUAGGUCUAAACAAUUAUCAUUUUAUCACUUAAAUAUUUUUAUUGUUUAUAUUAUAUUACCCAAAAGAGUAUUUCAAAACAACUAAGGAAUGAUCUAACAGCAUGAGUUCAGACGUUUGAUCUAGCAGGAAGAAUACAGAUGUUAGAUUGCUUUUAAAGAAUUUGCAUUCAGGCAUACUCAGAUUGUACAUGUUAUUUUGACUAAUUGUUUGAAAAUAUCUCAAAAAUUUGUCCUUAAAGACUAAGACAUCUGCAGGCUGAUCAGACAAUUCUAUUGAUCAAUAAAAUGGAAAAUGUGUGAAUAUGGUGUAGAUAGUGAUUUUUACAUUUAUCCAAGCUCAGACUGAAAGGAUGUCAUUGUGCAUCAUAGAUAUCAGGCCUACUGGACAAAAUUGUAUUAUGGACCUGUUGUCUUUCUAUUUUCCUUUGAAUGCAAUA